AUGACAUCAGACCAGGAGUCAUGCACUGAUGAGGAACCUGAUAGUGAAAUGUUGAGUGAUGACCUAUGUCUUCCCGACAGCGACGAUGACAGACAGGCUCUCCGGACUUCACAGAAUCUCCCUGAAGAGCUGCAACUUAACUCGUGUCUUCUUUUACCGCCACGGAGUCUCUCCACCAAUAGUCGUGAAAGAUGGCGUCAGCAAAACGUUAGCGGGGCAUUUGCUGAACUAAGAAGACUAGUGCCGACGUAUCCUCAUGAUAAGAAGCUUUCUAAGAACGAGAUACUACGGAUGUCUAUAAGGUACAUAGGCCUUCUUUGCGAAGUCAUAGAAUGGCAGAAGAGCCACGGUUUACUUACGAAUAAAGAAAACGCCAUUUUGGCCGUCAAAUGCGAAUCACCAAUGAGUCCAGUCUCAUGCCGACGGUUCAAAAGAAAUUUUCUAGAGAGACCAGAUGAAAACCACGACUUCAUAGGCAACGAAGAAAAUGAUUUUAGAAGACGUCUUUGCUAUAAAGACUGGUAUGGGAAGGAUUUGAAAAUCCUACGCAAUAAGUUCUAUGUGUCGGCAAGAUGGCGGCAGAUGCCCUUUAGGAACCUGACGGGGGAAAGAAACGGGAAUAAUUUGCUAAUGAUUGCUCCUAAAGAUGAUGAGAAAAAAGAGAAAAAUGAGGGGAAAGAUAAAAGUUAA